AAACCAAUACUGAGCUAUGCAAAUUUGAUCAUAAUGGCCAUUGAAAGUAACUCCGACCUCCAGAUGACCUUGAGCGACAUAUAUGCAUGGAUACAGGAUACGUAUCCUUAUUAUAAGCAUACCUCUAUCGGCUGGAAGAAUUCAAUCAGGCAUAAUUUAUCUUUGAACAAGUGCUUCAUAAGAUUGGACAGGCCAAAAGAGAACCCAGGAAAAGUG